UGCAGACGCAAUAACACUCAUAUGAGUGAAGCUCAGCGGAGUGCUCUUAAUGCACUUUUAUAUCGUACUGGGGAUCAAUCCAGAGACAUAGUGCUUGCUCCUGCAACAAAUCGGCCAGGUGAUCUUGAUUCAGCUGUUACUGAUCGUGUUGACGAGGUUCUUGAGUUCGCUCUUCCAGGAGAAGAGGAACGGCUUAAGUUAUUAAAACUAUAUUUGGAGAAGUACAUUGCACAGGCAGGCAGUACUAGAACUAGAUGGGCAUCUUUCUUUAAGGGUAGGCAACAAAAGAUAGAGAUAAAGGGUAUAUCAGAAGAUGUUCUCCGUGAGGUUGCUGUCAAAACUGAAGGAUUCUCUGGCCGAGAAAUAGCGAAGAUGAUGGCCAGUGUGCAAGCUGCUGUCUAUGGUAGUUUCGAUUGUGUUCUUGAUGCCAACCUUUUUAGAGAAGUGGUGGAUUACAAGGUUGCAGAGCACUACCAACGAAAGAAGCUUGCUGCUGAAAGUAAAGCUUGACACUUCCUGAUAGGCAAAAUUUAACACGUAGAAUGAAUCUUAUGCCAAGUUGAGUGAGGGUACAGAGAUGGUUGAUAACAACUCAGCUCUUUCACCACUGCCCUUACAUUUUCAACAUGUGGUUCAAGAAUGUUUUGCAGUGCUUAAAUCUUUUUUUAGGUGAAGAGGAGAAAAAUACAUUUAUUUAAAUCUGUUCUUCAAUUUAGAUGGUAAAGAGAUCUGGCAAAGAAUAUAGAUGAUAGGAAAAUUCAUUAAGCUCAUUUUCCAUGUGGAGAGCAAUAUUUUUUCACAGGCCAUGAGAAUUCGAUUUGAUUGUAAAGAAUUUAAUGUGAGCAGUCGGGAGUUUUUAAAGCCCUAGAUCUACCUAUAUUUAUUUAAUUCUUCAAGGGCUGAGGUAAAUCUGAACU